AUCGGAGAAAGGGGCGGGGCAGUGGAGGCGGCCUCGCGGCGCUGGGAUGCGGCCAAACGCAGCAGCUCUGCCGGCUUGGGCCCCGGCAGCUGUCCCCGGAGCUCCCUCGGUUCCUACCUGCAUUUCCGGGAGCCCACGACGAGGCGUCCGUAGCUGCCUCCUCCAGCGGCCGUUAGGCGGUAAACAGGCGCGGCCCACCACCUCCUUCCCGGCGAUUGGCGGCCGAGUUUCGAACGUGGUGGGGUAGGGGGCGCUCGAGGAAGAGCCCAGCUCGAUGAUUGGCCGUCUUGACCGCGCGCCAGGCCGCGCCUUCCGCUCUGAUUCGCUACGUGAAAAAGUUUCAUUCCAGAGAAACUCUGUCCUUCCUUCUGUAUGAAUGUUCCAAGUGUCUUUCAUUUCACGUUCUUCCUGAGAGAAGUACGAACACCAGCAUGGAGACGGUGGAUUGGGAGGACGCAGCAGUUUCCUCUGCCCAGAGUGCCCUCGCGUCAGGCAGCAGGGAAGAAUUCAUCUUCCAAUCUCCUUGGGCUGACUGAGGCAGAGUUAAAAGAACAGUUUGUAAGAGGUGAUGGCCCAGGAGGUCAGGCCACAAAUAAGACAAACAACUGUGUUGUCUUGAAGCAUAUUCCAUCUGGGAUUGUAGUGAAGUGUCAUCAAACGAGGUCAGUGGAGCAGAACAGAAAGAUAGCCAGAGAAAUCCUGCAGGAAAAAGUUGACCUUUUCUACAAAGGUGAAGAUAGUGAUGUUUUUAAAGAGAAGAAAGCAUUAGAGAAGAAGAAGCAAGAGAAAAAAAGGAAAGCAAAGGAAAACCUAGAAAGGAAAAAGCAGUUCAAAGAGAUGCAACAAUUGGACAAGAAAUAAAUGUGUGAAAUACCGACUUGCCCUAGCAGGGUAAGGGAAGCAUUUGCUAUUACAUCUAACAGAGUUUUCAAACUAACGGGUGACGUGGGGCUUCACAAGCACAACGGAAAUGUUGAGUAGUGACCUGCUAUUACUGUAAAACCAAAGCAAUACAAGCAGACCUGUAUUCCUGCUUUUGUCCGCCACCAUCUCAUUAAUCACAUGUAGCAAUCAGUUUUUCUGCCAUGUUCAGCAGAUGAUAAACCAAUCUGGUUAAAAAGGAACUAAAGAGUUUCCACCAUUGUGAAUAAAGAAAGUUCAAUAGAUCUCCUUCUCCCCAGGUGAUACCUUACGAUGUUUUAUAGGAGUUCCAGUAUGUACAGAACAGCCCUAAAAGGUUCAAACUUUGCAUCCCUACUCAGGCAAUGCCUCUGCUGCCAUAAAUCCUUUAUGCACAGUGACCAGGUUUAAACCUGCUGGUUCUGGUGGUGUAAACAGACAUGCUGAUGGAAGAGACACCAGUCACUGGUUGCCUUCUUCAGAUCUGCUAGUGGAACAAACGCUCUGUCCUGCUCAAUUCUGCAUGAAGUUUAAACAGAAGCUUUACAAAUCUUAUCUGGAGAGGUGACGAGCAUCGGGGAGAAGGCGCUCCUGCAAGCGAAGGUCGGUCAGUCAUGUUCUUCUUCCAGUUCAAAGGUAAAACUGGGUCAUCACAGUUCGAUAACCUGUGUUGGAAGCUGCUUCCCAAGGCAAUGGAAUCCAGUUCAUGCAAGCUGUGAAGUAAUUAGCUUUGCUUCUUAGCACUGUAUUUUCUUCAAGUAUCUAUAGCUCCGUAUGUAUUAGAUAUCCUAGAUAUCACAUUUUCCUUAGGAUUUACAUUUGAUUGUACAAUAGUGAAUUACAGUAAUUUAUUCUGUUUAUCCUAUGCUGCAUUUAAACUUGGACAUUUUGGUAUCUUCACUGAUUUUGACAGGUUCCCAUUUCAUACAAAUACAUCCAGCUGCAUUUCCUUUGGAGCCACUCAUGAACUUCCCUGUUUUAAUCUCAUUAACAACUCUAAUUGCUUAACCAGAACUUCAGUGUUUAGAGGGCGCCCUCACCAGCUGCCACCACGUUCUGCCCAUCAGCAGUGAAAAGCUUCAUGAACCAAAGCUACAGUUUGAAUUUUGAAAGCAACGAAGCCUUGUGGCAACUGUCCUGCCUUCUUACCAGAGAUGGAUGGCGUCGGACUGUGCCGUGGAUGGAAACUCUGCAGCCUGUUUCCCUUGUCUGUUCCUGAACUCGAGCCUCCCGCAUCAAGAUUCAAUCUUUAGCUGUUGAGAGCGCUCGUUCGUGGAGUAUGAAUCUGAUUAAAGUGACUAUGCAGAGUUUUAAUACAAACUGUUAAUGAAAAUAAGCUUUAUUACGUCAAGUAAUAAAUACAUACAAAGAUGCAAAUAACAGUUUUAGUAAUUUAUCCAGAUUUUUCCUUUUUUUGGCAAACUUUAAACUGAAAUCUCCAGCCUUAAUGUAGAAAUUAGCUUUCCAGGACCUUGUUAUUAUUUAAUAGGUUUCCCUGUUUUCCAUAUAACUCAUGCACUUUAAACGGACUUCAAAGCACUAACAGUCAUGCAAAUGUUUAUGCAAAACGAACAAAAAAGGCAAAAUAAGAGAAGGGAAAGGUUAUUUCUAAGCAGGGUCUAUGCUGAAUGACAAAUUGUGACUUAGCAGACUACUAGGUACAGCAUGCUAUUCUGCAGUUAUCAAAAAAAAUCCUUAGAGCUUAUGUCAAACUUUGAAAGAUUGACAGUUUGGGUUUAAGUGAAUAUAGUCAAAGGAAAAGAAACAGAAUGAGCCUGUGGCUGGAUAAGAACUGAAAUACAGCCUGGGAGAGAAAGAGCAUUCCUCUGCAUGCAGUUCAGUUUUCAUGUUUUAGAAACCUUUUAGGGAGUUUUAACGUCUUUACAAAAUGCAAACCCUCAGCAAGUUGAAAAAUUGUUGUUUUCUCAUUCCUAACUAUACAUUUUUGUAAGGAAAAAAAAAAAAGUAGAACAUUCAAAAUAAAGGAAUUUGUCUGAAUGUUUCAAGAGUCAAAA